ACAGAACAGCCUGCUAUGGUUUUUCUUAGUAUCACCAGAUCAAGCCGCAGAUAAAAUGCUUGCAGGUACAGGGGAAGUGAAGAAAGCUAUUUAUUGCAGAGGAUUUGUACAAACUGUUUGCUCUGUGUGAUGUCCUACAUUUGGCACCGAGUCAGUCCUGUGAGUCAGUCCUGAGUGUGGGUCAACGAGAGCUCAGCUCCUCAGUUCUCGUCGUCACACGGAACACUGACCUCAUCCAUCAGACGGGAAGACUUGAACACAGUCCUGAAUAGUGGCAUUGUUGUGCAUGGUAAUUUGAGAAUAGGGCCUUAUCUGCGGAAAUAAAUAACUGUGAUGGCCAAGGAGAGUUGUAACAUGACAGUUGAUGCGGACAUACAGGGCCUAACCUGCGUCUACAGCCUGUCCUUCUCCCUGGGGCUGCCAGCCAAUCUGCUGUCCCUGUGGGGAUUGUACCAACUGGGGUUUUCUGGCGGGGGCGUUCAGCUGGUCUAUCUCCUCAACCUGUUGCUGUCUGACCUGCUGCAGCUCCUCACCCUACCCGUGUGGAUCAUGUACCUACAGGGACAUCACCGCUGGUCCUACACCUCGGCUGCCUGUAACGUCGUGGGCUACCUGUUCUACGUCAACCUGUACGCCAGCGUGGCCUUCCUUUGCCUCAUUGCCAUCGACCGUUACCUCGCCAUCGUUCGUCCGCUGGGGAGCCGACGGGUCCGCACCCUCCGGGUUGCAUUCUUCACCAGCCUGGCUGUCUGGACCGUGGCCAUCCUCUUCUGCCUCAGUGGGCUGUACCCUUCUGUGUUCCAAACAGAUACCCGGCACUGUCUGGAGAAGUACCCUGUCAGCGCCAGAUAUGCCAGCUUCAAGAUCGCCACCAUUAUAGUGGGCUUUCUGCUGCCUUGUGCUAUAUUGUGGUACACCUCCGCUUGCAUCUUCGCGGCCCUCAAAAACUCGCCCUCCACCUCCGACCACGAAAGGCGCAAGAUCAAGGGCACGCUUAUCAUCAUCACCAUCAUUUUCAUCAUCGUCUUCGGCCCUUACCAUCUGGUUGGCGCCUACAAGUUUGUGGCGUUCUUCCAGACCAAAGACCGCUGCAGCCUGGAGCAGUCGCUCUUCCUCACCUACCGCCUGUGCUACGGUCUGACCAGCCUCAACAAUUUGCUGGACCCGUUCUUUUACAUCUUCCUGAGCAAUAACAUCAGGAAGGAGCUGAAGUCUUUGUGGUGCCUAAGGAAAGGCUCCAGCCAAAGCAAUUCAGGCCGAGAUCUUUGCCUUGAACUUAACGACUGCCAUUAACUGAGAGUGGCUUCAGCAGUAGUCCACUCAGUGCAAGGGUGUAAUAAUAAUAAUAAUAAUAGUGGCAGCCUGUAACCUAGUCACAAAGGUACAUGACUGGGACCCAGAAGGCUAGUGGCUCAAGCCCUGGUGUAGCCACGA